UUGGUGUCAUGUACUCUUACGCAUAUAGAUGAAAAAACAUGUCAAGGAAAGUAGCGCUUAGUUUCACAGUAAAGAUUGUAAUUGGUGAGGAGAUUAAAUACACUAACAUCAAAAACAGAAUAACAGAAUAUGAUGCUGAAUGCAGUUGGAUAGACGUAUUGGAUAGUAUAUCAAGCUUUCUUGGACCAGACGAGGUGUUGUUGCCUUCAGAUCAGCUGAGUGUGACAGUGUCCGUGAUGUCAAACUAUCAACCAGGGGAUGAGACAUUUACAGUUGUACUAAAUGACCCGAUAGACAUUAUUCAAAAAUUUGAUCCAAACUUGAAGCAUGUCACUAUUUCUUUGAAGCGAGAUGUUCAUGAUUCUAGAGAUUCACCACCCAGUCCAAGUCAGAAUACCCAGUCACCAACAAGGAGUGGCCUGGGUAUUCUGAAGAAAGGGCAGUAUGUGAGAGGUGUGGUUAAUUGUAUAAAUUGCACAAAGCCAAGGUGUAUCUUUGCACAGAAAAAACUAAGUCUUGAAGAGGAGGAUUCCUUGGAUAAGCUGCUGAAAACCACCGAGUACUGUUGUGGGGAUCCAUUAACAGGAACUGGUAAUCUCGAAGGAAUACGUGUGGAUUCAAGCCUAAACUGUGAGACACACAUUGAAUAUACAUAUUAUGCUUCCAAAAAAGCCAUUCCGGACCUAUGCUGUAUUUGCUGUAGACGACAUGCAAGGAAAAGCCCAAAACUUUUGCGCGACUUUGAAUUUGUGUUACCUGCCUGCCGCAUUUGUGAAGUCAUAGAAGACAUUCCAAAACACAGUCCAUGGAAAAAGUAAAGGAACACUGCACUUAACACAGGAUUUUGGACCUUUUUCAAUUGUUUCUGUUGCAUUAGGGAUCAGCAUUAUAUUACCUGUAUUAUAUAUGUUCUAAUAUAAAGAAUUCAAUUGGUAUGACACUAGUCUAAAUAUUAUUUUCAUAUGCAUAAC